UUAAUAAAUCGAAAUUCUCCCCCUUCCCUCUCCCGUCUCUUGGGUUUUACGGCCGCGGACCGCCCAGAAACCCUAAUCCUAUUUCCUAAAAUCGCAAGGGGGUUUUCUUCUCCGGCGAGCCGUCCACCAGGGUUCUUAUGCCGGACAGCUGCCAUGGACUUUGGUAUAGAUAUCGGAUCCUCUAGUUUUCCCACAAAAUGCAAGUUGAGCAGCAGAACUGUUUCAUCAGAGUCGUUAUACAAAACUGCUCAGAUUCGACUCCUCAGCUGCCACCCUGAGGUGUAUGAGCCAUGUGAUGACUCAUUUGCCCUAGUGGAUGCUCUUCUAGCUGAUAGAGCAAAUUUGUUGCAGCACAAGCCAAGGUUAUGCAUGGAAGUGGGCUGUGGGAGUGGCUAUGUGAUCACAUCUUUGGCCCUCAUGCUUGGGGAAGAAAACUCUGGAGUCCAUUAUUUUGCAACUGACAUCAACCCACAUGCUGUGGAGGUGACUCGUGCGACACUUGAAGCUCACGGUGUACAUGCAGAGAUCAUCACCACAAAUAUUGCUUCCGGGCUUCACAAACGCCUUGCUGGCAUGAUAGAUGUGGUGGUCGUUAAUCCUCCUUAUGUGCCAACACCUGAAGAAGAAGUUGGCUGUGAUGGGAUAACUGCUUCUUGGGCUGGAGGAGAGAAUGGACGCAAGGUGAUAGACAGGAUCCUUCCUGUUGUAGAUGAACUACUUUCAGGUAAGGGUUGGCUUUAUAUGGUCACCCUCACAGCCAACAAUCCUUCUCAGAUUUGCCGUUCAAUGAGAGAAAAGGGGUAUGCAUCUCGAAUCAUUGUCCAGAGGUCGACUGAGGAGGAGAGCCUCCAUGUUAUCAAGUUUUGGCGUGAAGAUAUUGCAGAGAUGGAGGGGGCCAGAGCUGUUGCUUCGGGAUCUGAGUCAUGGGUAUCGCAUUUUCCUCUCAGAUCCUUCUGGCGUGGUAAUAAUGUGAGUAGUGGCUGAAUUGAGGAAAAUGAAUGCAUGGACCUCUAAACUUGGUAUCUGUAGUUAGCUUUUUUUCUUUUGAUUCAUCUGGAUUGAUUGAUCACCUCUUUGCCUGUUUGUUUCACCAGCUGGUGUCCUUUUAUCUGGUAGGUAAUCAUCUGCUAAUAUUGUGGGGGGUGAUCUGUAAUAUUUGGAUGCUACCAAUAGCAGUCUUGCUGAUUGAUGCUUGUCAAUGUGCACGAAAGGUUCUAUUCAGGAGUUGUACAUUG